AUGAUUGCCUUCACUACAGUUUAGCUGUUCGAUGUUCAGUUGAGUUUGUGUCGGUCUUACGGUGAUCGUUUUUGUGUGGUUUUUCGAACUUCUCUUCUUGGUGUGUUUCAUGGUUUUUAUAUUAUAGUGUGCUUAUCGUGUGGUAUUUGGUUUGGUUUUGGGAGAUCCCCACGAUAGAUGUUUGUUUUGAAAAUCUCGAGUGUAUCGGUAAUAAAAAGUAUAGAAAUUUUUUUCGGUGUGUUUGUGUUUGAUUUUUUUGGUGUAAUUUCGUAUGUUUACAGUGUUUCAUGUUGUUUGUUAAAUUUCGCGAAAAUUGAGAGACGUGCCCAUUAGUGUGGAGCCCCCUUGAAUUUAUUGUUUUCCGAAUCGUCGAUAAUUGCUAUCGAUUUUGUUCACUUUCGCGAUAAAUUUCCGACGAAGUAAUUGUCGAUUCGAUCAUUUUCAAACUCGACGACCGGUUUAGUGCGUUUGUGAGUGUUUUUUUCGGCAAAUUCUUUCAUCUCAAUUUUUUUUCGCAGUGUAAUGUGCUCUUUUGUCGAGUGUAGUUCAAAUAGUGUAGUAUCCGGCGUUCUCGUUGGCCAAUUGUACUGCUGGUAACAAGAUACGCCGCCGACGAGUAGUCGAGAUUUAUAUCGGAAACGAGAGCAGCUGUCGUAGAAUUCCUGUGCUCCUCGAGUUAUGGUUCGCUGUUCGUCUGCUGAGGUAAACGCAUAAAGUCAAAGAAAACUCGUAUCAUCACCUUUGUGACUUCUGAAAAACCAUUCCAACGGCUCUGGUAAUUGAUGAACACGGACCAUCGACACCUUCGGCACACCGGAUGACUUCUUCCAGCAGCGAACCGCCGCAUCACUAUGCCGCUGGACCCAGCACGACCGCCGGUAGAAAACCAUUCCUACGAUUCCCUCCACCUCCUCCGUACCCUCCGGGCCCAGGACCGUCGUCCGAGUACGCAUACGCGUACUACGAACCAGGUCUUCCGGGUCCGGGCCCCGGACCACAUUCCAAGAAACACAGUUACAUUACAAGAUACGGUACGGAGGAGAAUAUUUACGAAGAGAUAAGUCCUACCAGACUAGAGGAGGAAGUACGAUAUGUACAUUCGAGGCAUUUGCAAGUGCUAGAUGAGCUGAAUUUGACAGUCGAAGCGAUGCUGAUGCCACAACCUUCGGCUGUCGCAGCUCUCAACCAGGAGGGCACAGCGGCUGAUGAUUUGUCGCCGGCUAGCUGCAGCCUGGAUAGUGGGUUCAGCGGUAGUAGUAGCGGUACUAAUAGUUUAGGGAGGUCGUAUACCCCUAAACAGAAGAAACCACCGCAGCGGUUUUGGAAGAAGCUGUCGACGUUGGGGUCUACUUCGAAUUGCAGUAAAAUUGUUCCGCCUUCAGAUGAACCAGUUCGUUGUAAUUCUAGCCUGUGGGAAGAAAAUGCAGUCGAUCCGUCCAGUUCACAACAAAGUUCAGCUGGAUCGGAGCAUGAUACUUCGUCAGGCGAUGAAAGCAAUAAAUGCCCUUCCGAAGUAAGCUGUAAUAUAAACAAAGGACAUGCGACAUGGAGACGAAACACCCCAUCUCCGGAGCCGCCUCCUCCUUCGGGACGUUUAUCUAGAUGGUUCUCGAUACGAAGAGGUUCGCAGUUCGACCUAGAUCAAAAACCAAAUAAAAUGCCUUUACUGCCAGAGGUGGAAGAAGAAAGCUGUGGUAGAAGGCCGAUACCAACGUUACCAUCACCGCCGCCUCACUUAGGCCCUCAAGAAUUAAAAAGGAGGCAUAUUGUGGCAGCCAUUAUCGAGAGCGAAAACAGCUAUUUGGAUUCGUUACGAAGACUCGUUAACGACUACAAAAAACCAUUAGAAGAAAGUUCACCGCCUAUUUUAAGUCAGUCGAAGAUCUCAAGGAUAUUUUACAAAGUACCGGAAAUCCUGCAGUGUCAUACGCUAUUCAGGAUCGCAUUAGCCGAAGCGGUCAACAACUGGGAUAGCGAGCAUCGAAUAGGAGACGUGUUCGUCGCAUCGUUCAGCAAAGCCAUCGUACUCGAUAUCUAUAGCGAAUUUAUUAAUAAUUUUUCCGUGGCCAUGGAUCUCGCCCGAUGCGAAUCGAAGAAAAAAGCAGCCUUGGCUGAGUUCUUCAAGUCGAGACAAGUUUCGUCACCGGAUAGACUUUCUAUUUUCGGCUUGAUGGUUAAACCAGUACAAAGAUUUCCACAGUUUAUUUUAUUCUUACAAGACUUACUUCAUCAUACGGGACACGGUCACGAAGACAGAAUGUCGUUGCAGUUGGCGCUCACGCAGCUAGAAUCGUUGGCCGAACUUUUAAACGAACGUAAAAGGGAAGCAGAACAAGCUCAAGCUUUUAAAGAAAUGUUACGAGCUAUAUCGGGGAAAUUACCAGCACGUCCGGUCGCCGAUAAUAAUCGUUGUUUAAUUCGACAAGACGACGUGACUCAGCUAGAAAUAAACCAAAACGGAUUAAUUAGUAAACACAAAUCGAGAAGACUGUUGCUGCUAAAUGAUUUAUUAGUAUGCGUUUCCGUUAGUCGUAAAGAUGAUUCGAGUUCGUCUUCAGCCAAUUCUCAACGUUUAACCAUGAAAUGGAACUGCCCGAUAACCGAUAUCCAGGUUAUCGAGACGACCACGUCGCCGACAUUUAAUCGUUUACUAACGCCAAAUGGAAGUCUUUCAUCGAAUAGCAGCAACGGAGAUAGUUUAUGCUUAGAGAUGAGCAAUUUAAUGCACGAUUACGAAGUUAUCAGUAGGAUAUCGGAUUUGGCUACUACGUUAAGAGGAAAUUAUCCAGAAUUAAACAUGGAGAAUACUAGAACGUUAUUGAAUUCUAUACAGUGCGAAAUACAAAGAAAAGGAGAUCAGAUGGCGUGGGUAGACGCCUGCUGUUUGCAAAUAUCGGUUAAUCGUCAAUUGCACACGUUUCAAUUGGAUUCGCCCCAAAUUCGCAACGACUGGAUUACCGAAUUACGACUGGCUAGACUGGCCUUAGAUCCGAAUAACUCUCCGGCUUGGGAAGUACCAGAAUUGGAUCACAGACCAUCGACCAAAAUGCCGUUAUUUGUCGGAGAUCAUUGUAUAGCGUCGACGCCUCCAAAAACUGAUGUGGUUUGCGGUUGCUUCUAUACGUCGUCGUGUGGUAAAACGUCGUAUUUGUGGAUCUGUACGAUGGAUAAUUACUGCGGUAGCCAUAUAGCGGUGAUGUCAGUAACAGGAGCGACGUAUUUGAAACAAGUGACCACGUUAGAUUUACCAGAGAUCAGAGUUACCGCUUUAGAAGUCGUACGUGCUACGGAUACCGUAUGGAUGGGAACCAGUUCCCAGAAAUUACUCAUAUACAGUGUGUUAGACAUAUCGGAAGUAGCUAGCAUAACUUUACCAUCAGACGGAAGCGUAGUUCAAAUAAAACAACACUGUGAUAGCGUUUUCGUCGCCUUAUCAAACGGUACACUGCUGUUGUACAGAAGAGCUAACCAGGCCCACGAACCGGAUACAAUCGUACUCGGACCACCGGAUCCGGUAUCGUGCAUAUUACCCAUUAAUCUAUCCCUGUACGUAGCCUGCGGUAAAAACGUUUACCGAAUUAAUGCCAUCAAAGGAGAAAUUCAGAAAACUUAUACCAUUCAGCAUGAUCACGUAGGCGGAAAUGUCAAUUUAAUGGCCCAUUCAGGUGUCGGAUUAUGGCUAUCGUUGACCAAUUCGACGACCAUUUGUUUGUAUCAUACGGAAACAUUUACCCAUUUACAGGACAUAAACGUCGCCUCAAACGUCCUACGUCUAACCGGAUCACCAGGUCCAGUCUGUGUGACAGCCCUGAUGGCCUGCAAAGGCCUCCUUUGGGUCGGUACAGACGCCGGAAUCUCGCUAACCGUACCACUGCCACGUCUCGAAGGCGUACCAAUAAUCAGCGGUCGCGUGAACGUCUCUUAUCACGCGCACAUGGGACCAGUACGUUUAUUGUUACCAUUACAAGAUCCUCCAACUGUGCUGAAACGUCCACCUUCUAAAACGCUAGCUUGUGACAUCUACGGCCUUUAUGGGCAACUGAUGUACGUGAAAAAUUACGACGAAGCGGACGAUAAAACCAUCAGUCAUUGGUCGUUGUCUACUUGUAGCGAAGAAACCACUACUAAUUCACCUUCGGCUUCGAAUAAUAUUUCUAGGGCUUUGGCAGCCGAGGUGGCUAAACGUGAACGCGAACAGACCCUCGUGACGAUCACUUGCGGUCGAGGAUAUGUCAAUUAUCAACAACCUUGUUGUACGAAUAACGAAAAUAACGCCCAUAUUAUCAUAUGGGAAUUGAAAUUAUGACAAAAUGAUGUCGCCAAGGUGUACUAUGACCAUAUGCAAAAUUACUGGGAUAGUUUGGCCGUACAUUAUUUGGGUAUAUAAAGAAAAAACCCUUUAUGCUCUACUCAUCCCUCCUUACACCACUUUUAAAUCCAAUGUUGCUCGUAUAUCUUUACACCAUUCGUCGAGUUUUUGUUGUUGUUAAACGUUGUUAUGUUUUUUAUUUUCUUUAUUAUGGUUUUAUCCUUAUAAACCAAGAUGGUUUUUUCUCUCUUCGUAUUGUUAUCAUCGAUCAAAGAUUUUUUUUAAAUUACCGAGACAUGUUUUGUUAAGUUUUAUCGCUUUGAAAUUUCAUCAUGAGACGAACAACGAAUGAAGAUUGUCAUCAAAAUGGACUGCAACGAUGCUAAUUAUUGUUAUUAAUUUUUUUUUACCUAUUUUUCGAAUGUUUGUAUGUGUUACGUGUUAUCUUGUUUUUUUUUUUUUUUUAUUAUUAUUUUCUAAUUCACCACCUAUAAAAAAUUAUCGAGUACUUAUUAAUUCACGUUUUUUAACACGAAUAUAUAUUUUUUUUCUUUCGAUUACUACGUUGUAAAAUUAAUCGUAUUAUUUCUACCCCUCUCUCUCUCUCGUUUAUUCUUAGAUAUUCGAUACCUUCACAUUUUUUCCCUUUAUUAUUUUUACGUUUUAUUAAUUUUUGUAAAUAAUAUAAAAUGUGACGUAUUCGGAGGGGAGAAAAAUAGGCCAAUGGCGGUAAAAAAAAAAUCAAUUAUAAUUUACAAAUUACUUGAAUUUUUUUUUAAUGAAAAAAUUUCUAGUCUAUUUAUUUAAAAUUUAACGUCUACGAUUAUUUAUGUACCUAUACGAACGAUUACAAAUGUACACGUUUAUUUUACUUAAUUACGAACGUGAUUUAAAUUUUGAUUUUUUUUCUUUCUUUUAUUUUUUUUUCUCUUUGUAUGUAUUUUUUUUUUAUAUACCUACGCUCAUUGUGUAAAAUAAAAAGUAAAAUUUAUGUAUGUGUUUGUUAUUUUUACCUUUUAAAUACACGUUUAUUGAUGUAA